GAGAGAGAGAGAGAGAGAGAGAGAGAGAGAGAGAGAGAGAGAGAGAGACUACAGGAACGUAGUCAGUUGCUGUGUUGCUCAUUGCCAGAAACAGGGAGCUGGGGCGGAAAUGGAGGGGCUCAGGAUCAUCGGAGGGAACUGACAUUACAGAUCAGGAAAGGAGAGGAGAGGUAGAACUAUCGGAGAGGAGAGAAGGAAAGGAAGGAAGGAAGGGGCUCGUCUGGACAACAGAAGAUUUCUAAGGAGAGAGCCCAGGGCUGAAUGGGACCCACGAUGCCGCCCAGUAAGAAGGCCCAGAGCCCCAACAAAGGAUUAGGAGCCACCCGGGGUCUGAGUCCUUUCUACAGGGAGGCGGAGGCAGCAGACCUGUCCCUGUCCCUGUCGGCCUCCUUCUCCAAGGCCGAGGAUGAGGAGCUCACCAGCCUCUCCUGGCUCCACGAGAGCACCAACCUUCUCAAUAGCUUCUCCCACUCGGGGCUCCGCUCCGUCUCCCCACUGCAGGACACUGACGGUCAACCAUUACCCCCCCACUCCCCUUCCUCCUCCUCCAACUCCACCGACCCAUGUGACUCCUCUUCCUACGACUUGGUCACGGGAGCCAAUAGGAAGCCCCCGUAUUCCUUCAGCUGCCUGAUCUUCAUGGCAAUAGAGGAUGCGCCGUCCAAGAGGCUGCCGGUGAAAGAUAUCUAUGGUUGGAUCCUGGAGCAUUUCCCGUAUUUCGCUAGCGCCCCUACUGGCUGGAAGAACUCGGUGCGCCAUAAUCUGUCGCUCAAUAAGUGUUUCAAGAAGGUGGACAAGGACAGGAGUCAGAGUAUAGGUAAAGGCUCGUUGUGGUCCAUAGAGCCAGAGUACAGACACAACCUGAUCCAGGCCUUGAAGAAGACCCCGUACCAUCCCUUCUCCCCAGGACUGGUUACCCCCUCCACCUCUCCUCAGGCGUAUCACAGUCCUCUACUUUGGCCAGGGAGUCCCUUCUUCAGAAAGAACGGAGGAGUUCUCUUACAAGUUUCUCAAGGCGUGAUCCAAAAUGGCGCCUGUGUCAGGAGCCAGGGUCUGUUUCCUGUCAUCCAACCCCUACCCUUAAGCCCCGUGGGCAGAAGGACCACUGCGAUAAGGUCAGCUCUGGGGGACUACCUGACCCGGGGCGACCACCCCUCCUACCCUCCCAGCGACGACCUCCAAGAGGACCACAACUACAGCACUGCCAAAUCCCCCAGCAUGCCCUGCUCUUCCCAGGGCCCCUCCGCGUCCGACGAAGACGAUGACAUCAUUGCAGUGGAGAUGGGCGUCCACCGAGGGGUCAAAUCCGAACCUAAAGAAGUCCCACUGGACUCUGCCUCCGUCUCCUUCCUAUCCCAGCAUGCCCGGCGACGGGGACUGCCCUGGACCAAAAACCGCCUGCGGGCCCUGGGCGACACGCUGCCGCUGAAGAAGCGCCGUUCGGUGGCAUCGGCGGAGAAGCCGCCGUUGGAGAGCGAUGAUGAGGAGAUGAAGGAGGCGGCGGGGUCAUUGCUCCACCUGGCGGGCGUCAGGGCGUGCCUCAACAACAUCACAAACCGAGCCAAGGCUGCCCAGAAAGAGAAGGAGCAGAAAGAGGCCCUCAGAAACUAACUAAUGCCAGGCCAGCCCAUAGAGAGGCCUACACAUCAGGCCAGCCCAUAGAGAGGCCUACACAUCAAGCCUGCACACCUGGCCUGUACACCUGGCAUACACACCUGGCCUAUACACCUGGCAUGCACACCUGGCAUACACACCUGGCCUAUACACCUGGCCUACACACCUGGCCUACACACCUGGCCUACACACCUGGC